AUGUAUGCAGUUGCAAACGGCUAUAGAAGGGACGACACGAAAGCUGAGCUGGACCAGAGCCAAUUGGAAGAGCCGGAAGUCGCCCCCAAGCUGUUCGCCACCAUCACGUCGGCAGCAGCAGGGCCCCUGGCGCCUGCCAGCCGCGCGGCGUUCAAGGCGGCGGUGCGAGGCGGCCAACCGCUGCUCGGGCUCUUCCUGAACUCCGCCUCGCCACUGGCGGCGGAGCAGCUUGCACAGCUCGACUACGACUACUUGCUGGUCGACAUCCAGCAUGCGCCCACCGACUACCAAAACCUGGCGGCCAUGAUCACGGCGGUAAAUGCGGGCGGCAAGCCGGCGCUGGUGAGGGUGGAGGGGCCACACGACCGGGGCGGCAUCCAGCAGGCGCUGGACCUCGGGGCGGCGGGAGUGAUGGUCCCCACGGUUUGCACGGCCGCGGAUGUGGAGCGCGUGGUGUCGGCCUGCUUCUACCCCUCCCCUGCCUUCCCCACCGGCAACCGCAGCAUAUCGUGGCCCAUCAGGCCGCAGCUGGGGCGGGGCGUGCCUGAGUACCUGGCUGCCGCCAACGACGAGGUGGUGCUCAUCAUCCAAGUCGAGACGCGGCAGUGCUACGAAGACCUGGAGGCAAGGCCUCCCGCGCGCAGCUGGCGGCGGCGGCUGCCGGCGGCGCGUGGCGCGGCGCGGCAUGCACGCGUGCAGCCCUUGCCUGUGCGCCGCAGCCCUGAGGUGCCGUGGUGCGUGCAAGCCCUGCAGGCGGUGCUGUCGGUGCCGGGUGUGACCUGCUGCUUCAUGGGCCCGGUAGAUCUCUCCCACGCCCUGGGCCUGGCCCAGCGCCUGGGCUUCCCCGCCUGCUUCGAUUCCCCAGACUUCCAGGCAAGCGAUGGCGCGCUGGGCGGGCGGGCAGCACACCUGCAGGGGAGUGCCUUGGGAGUGCCUCACCACCCGCCGUCCCCCCUGUUGCAGGACUGCUUGCAGCGUGUGUCCGGCGUGUGCAGGGACAAGGGCGUGACGCCCGGCAACUUUGCGCUGUCGGAGGCCAAGGCCAGGGAGAUGCUGGCCCAGGGGUUCACCCUGCUGGCCACCGGCACCGAUGUCGGGCUGAUGGGCGAGGCGGCGGCCAGGAAUGCGGCGCUCGCCGGCAAGCUGCGGGGCCAGCAGGCCUGA